AAGAACCAUUGGUUGAAUGGCAGCUUCAUCUUCGUGGUUCCCCAACGCCACAAAAGAAAAAAAAUGGCCAUACCAAGGCUUCGAUAGAAAACGAUAUUAAUGAAACGAGUGAUAAAAAUACUUUACAACUUUGUCUUGAAAGAUAUACUGCGGAGGAACAGAUCAAAGAUUAUAAGUGUGAUGUUUGUAACUUAAAUUAUUUGGAAGCGGGCGUAUCUUUUAAUCAGAUUCCAGCAAGUAGCGAGGCUUGUACAAGGAGAUUUAGUUGUAAGAAAUUACCCCCAGUCUUAACUUUUGUUGUCGAACGUUUUAGUCGAGAAGGAAAAACAACAUCAAAAAACGAGGCACCCUUUGAAUUUCCAGAGGAAAUUAAUAUGACAAAAUGGACAAGUCUGGCUCAAGAGGUUCUGGAACAGGGUGGAUCAUUAGAUGAUCUGCCAGAUUUUAA